AUGGGGAACCGCAGCGCCGCAGACGCGGACGGGCUGCUGGCGGAGCGCGCGCCCGGCACGGGCGGCGGCGCCGGGGGCCCCGGGGCGGCGGCGGCGCUGGUGGGGGGCGUGCUGCUCAUCGGCGCGGUGCUCGCGGGGAACUCGCUCGUGUGCGUGAGCGUGGCGGCCGAGCGGGCCCUGCGGACGCCCACCAACUACUUCAUCGUGAGUCUGGCGGCCGCCGACCUGCUCCUCGCCCUGCUGGUGCUGCCUCUCUUCGUCUACUCCGAGGUGCAGGGCGGCGUGUGGCUGCUGAGCCCCGGCCUCUGCGACGCGCUCAUGGCCAUGGACGUCAUGCUGUGCACGGCCUCCAUAUUCAACCUGUGCGCCAUCAGCGUGGACAGGUUCGUGGCCGUGGCCGUGCCCCUGCGCUACAACCGCCAGAGCCGCGGCGGCCGGCAGCUGCUGCUCAUCGGCGCCACGUGGCUGCUGUCGGCGGCGGUGGCGGCGCCCGUGCUGUGCGGCCUCAACGACGCGCGCGGCCGCGACCCCUCCGUGUGCCGCCUGGAGGACCGCGACUACGUGGUGUACUCGUCCGUGUGCUCCUUCUUCCUGCCCUGCCCGCUCAUGCUGCUGCUGUACUGGGCCACGUUCCGCGGCCUGCGGCGCUGGGAGGCAGCGCGCCGCGCCAAGCUGCACGGCCGUGCGCCCCGCCGGCCCAGCGGCCCCGGCCCGCCCGCGCCGGACGCCAGCGCGGCCGCCGCCGCCGCCCCCGGCCCGACCCCCGACGCCGCCUCGGCCCCGGACGCCGUCGCGCCCCCGGACGCCGUUGCGGCCGAACCCUCGCCUCAGGCCCGCAGGAGGAGACGUGCCAAGAUCACAGGCCGGGAGCGCAAAGCUAUGAGGGUCCUGCCCGUGGUGGUCGGGGCCUUCCUGCUCUGCUGGACGCCCUUCUUCGUGGUGCACAUCACGCGGGCGCUGUGUCCCGCGUGCGCCGUGUCCCCGCGGCUGGUCAGCGCGGUCACCUGGCUGGGAUACGUCAACAGCGCCCUCAACCCCGUCAUCUACACCAUCUUCAACGCCGAGUUCCGCACCGUCUUUCGCAAGGCUCUGCGCCUCUGCUGCUGA